UCUAGUGGCGAUUCAUCUAUAUCGUGUUGAAAAAGAGAUUAAAUGAAUAAACAAAAUCAAAGGCAACAAAUAAGAAUGAAAGGCACUAGUACGAUUUUCUUCAUUUCAUUCGUGCUCAUGGCGAAUCUUCAAAAUAGCGAAGGUAAAAGAAUGUCCCUUGACGAGGUGAAGGAAGCUCUAUUACCAUUACAGAAGUAUUGCAUUGAUAAAGUGGGCACGGAUCCAAAGAUGAUCGAUGAUGCAGCCAAAGGUAUUUUCGCAUCCGAUUGGAAAUUUCAAUGUUACUUUAAGUGUGUACUGCUAAAUACAAAAAUUAUGAAGGAUGACAAGAUAGUAGAAAAAGCUUUAAAAAAUAUCAUAGAAACCAUGUUAUUGGAAGAAUAUAUACCACCUGCUAUGAAAGCAAUGGAACAUUGUCUAUCAAUUGUAAAAAAAUUUAAAGGAUGUGAAUUAGCAUAUGAAUUAGCUAAGUGUGGUUACGAUUACGAUAGUUCUGCGAUUUCAUUUUUCUAAAAGAUAUUUCUUUCAAUGGAUAUUCUUCAUUUGGAUAAUUAUGGGAACAAUUUUGGCUUAUUUUAUAUAAGUCAUGUAAGGAAGCCAUUUCAGAAUGAUUAUACAUUACGAAUAAGAUUGAGAAAUGUUUCCAAAUAUACAAUACGUUAAAUAUGUUAAUUGUAUAUGACAAAAUAAAAAUUGGAAAACAUUAUUAACAUUAA